AACCCGUUAACUGCAUCGGGUGUGUCGUUAUAGAUGGCUUUGUGAAAUAUUUUUUUUCUAUUACUUCGAAAAUGUUUUUUUCCACAAUGAAUUUUACGAGUUUGUUCAAUAAAAAUUUACCAAUCCUUUGUUUGUCAAUAUCAAUUGUUGUUGUAUUUGGUGCGGCUGAUUUGGAAGAUGACAAUCACCUCGUUAUUACCGGAUUUAAUGAGACAAUGACUUCAGAACCCAAAAAUGAAACUUAUACUGAAAGAGUUCGUAUAAAGUGCGGUUCUGGAUAUUGUUUCAAAAAUGUAAUUAAAACGCGUAUCGUGUGGAGGAAUGAAACGAAGAGAUUACCAAUUUACAAGUGCAAAGAUGGUUAUGAAGAGGCGAAUAAGAGUGUUUGCACGGCAAUUUGUACGAAUGGCUGUGAGCAUGGUAGCUGUGUGGCACCCGAACAAUGCAAUUGUUCCGACGGAUACGCUAAUGAUACAAAUGACUUACGCAUCUGCAAACCUGUGUGCGAUGGGUGUGAGCACGGCAAAUGCAUUUCGCCGGAUAAUUGUACAUGCAAUGAUGAUUAUCAAUGGAAUGCCGAGCAAAAUAAGUGCGAUCCAAUUUGUGAAUCAAAUUGCCCGAAUGGAAAAUGUAUUGCCCCAAAUAAAUGCGACUGUAAUGAAAAUUAUUAUUUGAAUGAAGCACUAGACUCGUGCGUGCCAGAAUGCAAACAGGAUUGUAUUUUUGGCCAAUGCAUUUCCCCGGGUCGAUGCCAAUGCAACAAUGGUUACCAAUUCAAAAUCGGAUCUUUGAACGAGUGUGAGCCGAUUUGUGAUGCAAAAUGUGAAAAUGGAACAUGUGUUUCUCCAAAUAGGUGUCAGUGUAACGAAGGCUAUCGCUUUAGUAAAGAUUCUUUGAACAUGUGUGAACCGAUCUGUGACUUCAAUUGUUUGAAUGGAGAAUGCAUUUCCCCAAAUCGAUGCCAGUGCCUCAGUGGCUAUCGGUUUAAAAGUGACUCAGUGAACGAAUGUGAACCAAUAUGCGAUCAAAACUGCAAGUAUGGAAUAUGCGCCGCCCCGAAUGAAUGCAAAUGUAACACUGGAUAUCAAUUCAAAAAGGGAUCUUCUAAAGAAUGUGAACCGAUUUGUAAGCCCAGUUGCGAAAAUGGAGUAUGUAUUUCCGCCAAUGUUUGUGAAUGUAGUGAAGGCUACCAAUUUGAAAAAGAUUCAUUGAACAAAUGCGAACCAAUUUGUGAUCCAAGUUGCUUAAAUGGAACGUGUGUUUCUCCGAAAAAAUGUCAAUGCAGCAAAGGCAACCGCUUCAGUAAAGAUUCUUUGAACAUGUGUGAACCGAUCUGUGACUUCAAUUGCUCGAACGGAAUAUGCGUUUCCCCGAAUCGAUGCCAGUGCCUCAGUGGUUAUCGGUUUAAAGGUGACUCAGUGAGCGAAUGUGAACCGAUAUGUGAUCAAAGCUGUGAGUAUGGAGUAUGCAUCGCCCCGAAUAAAUGCAAAUGCAACGCUGGAUAUCAGUUCAAAAAAGGAUCUUCCGAAGAAUGUGAAGCGAUUUGCGAGCCGAAUUGCAAAAAUGGAAAAUGUGUUACGCCAAACCAAUGCAAAUGCACUGAUGGUUAUCAACUGGAAACUGGGUCGGUAAAUAACUGGAAUUGUGAGCCGGUGUGUAAGCUCGAGUGUGCGAAUGGCAAGUGUGUUGAACCGAAUGUGUGCAAAUGUAAUGAUGGUUAUGAAAAAUCCAGCAACAAAAAUGCCUCGAAUAUUUGCUGUCCGAUUUGUGGUUCGAACGAAGAAAAUUGUACAAGUACCAUAUGUCUGUCUGCCGAUGUUUGCCAGCAAUGUUAUAGGCAAAAGUUAACCAGAGAAGAUAAUUACAAGAAACCAACCGAACAAGAGCCCACAGUCGAGUCCGGCAUUAUUUGGUGGAUUAUUCUGGCGGCUGGUGUACUUUUACUAGUUGGUGCCCUUAUUUUUGUUGCAUAUCGAUGUUACAAAAAUCGCAAGAUUGACUAUCAUUUGGGAUAUGGUGCAGAAGCCACAAUUCAUUACUCCAAAAAUGGAGCAAAGGGAAAGUAAUGAACUUUAUGGAUGAGUGAACGUUUGCUGCAAUCGCAUUAUGUUCAAUACGCAAUUUUACAAAGCGAUUCCAAGAAUAUUCGAUCCCAAUUGCAAUUCAUAAUUAGCUUUGAACCAACUUAAGAGCAUCUCGUUCUUGUCAGCAAUAGUAUUAUAUCACAUUUAAGUGUAUCUCUUACAUGUUUACAAAUAAAUCGACAAAAUCACAUCAUAUUACAUUUGUUGACUUCAAGAAAUCAAUACAAUGUUUAAUAUAUGCGAAAUGUGUAUCCCUCAUGUCUUCACUUUCACCGUAUCUCUGUAUAUCGUUGCAUCGUUGUAGCGAUACGCAUUUAUUGAAAUUAAUAGCAUUAUGAAUUCUGAGUCAUGAAUUUGAUAAUUAUGCCGAUAGCAUUAUCAAAUGUUCCAGUACAAUA